GGUACUUUGUCAAAAUUUAAGAUUUGCUUACAGCUUUAUAUACCAAAAUAAACUUUAAGAUAUUUCCAAUUUAUAUCAUCAUCUUUUAGAGCGAUAAACAUGCGUAUGACGUUACCAUGACGUCGCAAACAUGACCCGUUUUCGCGCUUUUUACGUCCGUUAAUGGUAGCGCUAAAAUGGUAUAAAACUCGAUACUACAAACGUAUUGUUGGCGUCAAUGCAUUAAAUUAUAUAUUAAACGACAGAAUAAAGCAAUGUCUAAGUGAUCAUUAACAUGAAAAGGCAUUUUCUAUCCGAAUUAUCGAAGGAGGUGCGAAAACAGACUUUUGGUUGUUUAAGAAAAUUCAGGAAGAAAAUCGCUUCUGAUCCAUUUUGCAAAAAAUAAGCCCGUGGAAUUUUUGCCAUUUUUUUAUAUGUGAAAAUUCAUUAUGUUGUUAAUGUCUGAGCCAAAUUAGAAAAAAGUUCACCGAAGCGUUUUUAUAGCAUAACCGUUUGAACUUGACUACUGUAGCGUCGUUAAAAGACAUGUAAUCGUUAUGUAACGUUACAUGUGUUUAUUUUAAAUGGCUUGUCAUAAUUUUACCUGGAAACCUAUAAACAAGCAGUUAUGAGACAUGAAUUAAAUAUUUCAAUCUAAUCGUAAAAAUAUUACACAUUUCCUUAUGCAGGUUUUCAAAAUAUUUUCAUUGAAAAGUGUGUAUCUUUUUAAUUACUAGAAGUUCUUGAUGUUCAUUUCAAUAUCCACUUCAUGCAUCUUUUUCAAACUCGUCUGCUCUCUAGGAAAUCGUAUGCUGUUUGGGAAAACGUAUGCUAUCGGAAAUGACGUCACUGUUGUGUUCCGUUACGGGAAUAAAAAAAAUGGAGACUGAAGCUAAAGUAAAUCGCGAUAAAUACGGACAGUUCAGAAAUGCUUCAUUUUUUAUUCAGAAGGCUAAAAAAGUUCAGUUUUUGAAGAAAGGGAGUGUCGGGAGUGAUAAUAAUACGGAGAAAAGCAAAAUAUGUAGAAGAAUCAUCGAUUUAGAAUAUUUUGGUAAUAUAUUUGACAAUGGUUGCAAAAUAUGCGGAGAAAGACUUUACUGGAAAAACCUCUUUUCUGAAACUAAGUAUGGUCUAUGUAGUGUACUACAUUUCAAAUGUAUAAAAUGCUAUGGCAUUACCAAGAUCAGUUCAUCCACAUCAACAGAACCGUCAUACAACAGAAUACGGAAGCCCUAUUCAAUAAACGUUACAGCUGCAUUAGCAAUGAUUCACGGGGGAGUCGGAGCUUCCCAUUUGAAUGGCAUACUUACAACUCUUGGAUUGCCAGAGAUAAAUCCCAAAACUUUGAAAAAAGGUGAAAGGCAUAUAGGCCCGGUAAUAGAGAAAGUGGCAAAGAGAUCUUGCUCAAAUGCAAGUGAUUUAGAAAAGAUAUCAAUACUAGAUGUACAAUCGGAAAACGCAUCAUUUUGCGCAGUGGGUGCAGCUGGAGACAAUAAUGUUGAAUUAACUCUAAAUUUUGACGAAGCUCUCGAGUUGCUUGAAACAGAAUGCGAAGAAGAUGGUUGCGAAACAGAUGUGCAACGUACAGAUUCAAAUAAUUGCUGCAUGGAACCUGCACCAGUCGAAAGAAACGUCGUCUCUGACAAGGUUAUAGAAAGCAGACACAAUGAAGAGGAGAGUCUUGCAACACGUGCAUCAAGAUACGAUGAAGGAAAUAAAGCGUCUCCCUCGGGAAACAAGCAAAAGACUUUAGUAGAUGUUACUGUGAGUCAGGAUGGUGCAUGGCCAAAACGUGGAAGGGCGAUGAACAGUAAUUCAGGUGUCGGGCAUGUCGUCGGUCAAAAUACGAGAAAAUGCUUAAAUUUUGGUACAAGGAAUAAACGCUGCAAAAAAUGUUCUUAUUAUCAGAAAGUGGGAAAGCCAGUCCCUAUCCACGACUGUCGUCAAAAUUGGAGCCAUUCUGCAAAAGCUAUGGAGCCCGAUAUUUGUGUUCAACUGCAUAAAGAGGCAAGCAAUUCUGGAUUGAAAUACAAACAUAUUAUAGGGGACGAUGACUCUGCAGCAACGAAAUACAUCAGGGAGAAAGUUAAUUCUGAUAUUGUAAAAUUUUCAGAUCCAACACAUACAAAACGGACCGUAGGCAAUAAACUUGAAGAAAUUAGUCGAGUCUGUCCAUCAUUAACCGAAAAAGUGAAAUCAUCAUUCAUUAAAAAUUUCACAUACGCUGUCAAUCAAAACAAACAAAAAAGAGAAGCUGAAUUAAGACAGGCGCUAGAAAGCAUCGUUCCACAUAUGUAUGGAGAGCACCAUCUUUGCAGCCUCUGGUGUAAAAAUAAGGUUAAUAAUGUUAAUACAGAAUAUAAACACAGUAACCUGCCGUAUGGGAAAGACUUGACUGACUUCAAACUGAAAAAUGAAUUGACGAAAAUGUUGCAACCAUACAUUACCAACCCUGCAAAACUAAUGACAACCGGAGAUUCACAGGCAAACGAAUCUCUCAAUAACGUUAUUUUCUCCAAAGCACCUAAAAUUAGAAACUAUACUUUAAGUGAAAGCUUUGAUUUUCGAUGUGCCGCAGGAGUUCUUCAGUUUAAUGAGGGUGUCGAAUACGUACAAAAAGUCAUUGAUGAAGCAUGUCUAACACCAAGAAAAGAAACACUGAACCACGUUGAGAGAACGGAUAAGAAAAGAAAAUAUCUCAAAGAGUACAAAUCACAGAGAAAAGAUAAGAAACGGAAGAUAGAACUUAAAACUGAACGUAAGAAAAAUGAUUUAAUGAGCAAGGUUAAAUUGGGAGUAACUUAUGAAACAAAUUGCACAUUAUCUACUGAAGACAUUGAUACAACUGAAAUUAAAGAUCCAAAAACAUCAGCAAAAAUUUCCUAUAAUCCUGAGGAUACCACAUUAAUAUUUGUUGAUAUAGAGACGACAAAACUCGGACACAAUGCAGAGAUUUUGCAAAUAGGAGCGUCAACAAUAAAUGGAAAGUCUUUUGACACGUACUUACUACCUACGGGUCUUAUUUCUUCGAAAGCUUCUGAGGUAACUGGUCUCACGGUUAAAGUUGAAAACAGCGUCAGAUUGCUAUGUAAAGACGGCAAAAACCUCAGAGCAUUAUCUUCCGAGGAAGGGUUGUCACGCUUCAUUGACUGGAUUAAAACCAUUGAUUGCCCUACUAAAAUUCUUUGUGCACACAAUGGGAAUAAAUUUGAUUACCCAAUUCUAUACAAUCAGCUUCAAAAGUAUCGGCUUUUAAAACAGUUUGAAUCAAUAGUAUGUGGCGUCGUAGACAGUUUAGACAUUUUAAAAGCUGUAUUACCGCAACGCACCUCGUACUCUCUGUCAAACGUUUACAGAGAUUUAAUAAAUGAUGAGUACAAUAUGCACGAUGCAAAGUCGGAUGCCUGUGCUCUGCGUGAGAUCUUCAUAAAUAUCAAUGUCAGUAUUGAUACAGUUUUGGCUCACGCGCUUCAGAUUGAAUAUUCUAUAGAUACUAUAAAACAAACGAUUUGCCAACGGUCAAAUGUUAACCGUUUACAAAACAAUCUAGGUGACGGCAAGGAAAAAAUUAUUUCUGACCGUAUAGCUGCUAAAAUGUGCAAGGCGGGUGUAACAUAUGAAGUUUUAAUGCUUGCACAUAGAAGAGACGAAGAAAAUGGAAUCAAGUUGCUUUUGUCAGAAAAAAUUAAUAAGAAAGUAAGAGUUACAAAUCGGCAAAAAAUAUUAAAUACAAUAACUGCUGCAUGUUCGAGGAAAAUGAAAGAUAAUGAACUAUCUAACAACAUUGCAUGACUCCCUGCUAUUCUGUUAAAAAUGACUGACGCAUUACCUGUAAACCGAUGUGCGUGGCAGUGAAACAGUUAUUGGUUAUUCCUUUUAUGAAUCGGUUAACUUACUUUUGUCUUUUUUAGCACUUUUUAAUGCUGCAUAGAGAAGUUGCAUGAACACAGUUAUUUGGCUGCAUUAAAUGAUAACAGACAUCGGAAAAUGUUUGUGUUUUAUUUUAGUGAUAAAACGUAUCUGAUAUUCGUUGUAAUUCCACAUUAACCUUUAUUAUUUAGCUCGCCAC